GGGCAGGGCUUUCCCACUCUCCUAGUCAAGCUGUUUUUGAAACUCAGAGCACUCCAGCAGAGGAUAUCGAGGAGUGUCGAGCAAGAUGAGGAUCUCCCUUUUUCUGUUGGUUGCUGCAGCAGCCGUGGCAGAUUGUUAUGGUAGCAAGUACAGCAGCCCUUCCAAAAGGGAUCUCCUGGUGCGUUCCAAAAGAAGAUGGGUCUUAUCUACAAUUGAAUUAGAAGAAGAAAUGGACGCACGGUACCCCAUAGAGAUUUCACAGAUGUAUAAUGACAAGAUUGAGGGGAAAGACUUUAGGUUCCUUUUAAGUGGUGAAGGUGUGCCGGACGUGUUUACCAUCAAUGAAAACACCGGAGCCGUCUUUGCACAUAAAAAAGUGGACAGGGAGCAAAAGCCACUUUAUCAUAUCAACUUUGAUGUUUUGGACAGAAAAACGGGUGAAAAACUAGAUAAGGAACUAGCAUUUGAUGUUGAAAUACAAGACAUAAAUGAUAAUCCACCCAAGUUCUCUUUUCCUGAAAUAACAGUUGAUGUAAAGGAAAAUAUACAAGAAAGGUUUUUGCCAGUUACCCUGGUGGUCACAGACAUAGAUCAGGAGAACACAGACAACUCUAAAUUCAACAUCACGAUGGUUUCACAGUCUCUAGCAGAGCCCAAAAUUGCUGUGCAGCAGCUUGAAGGAGGACUGGCCAAACUCACCUUAAAAGGAUGCUUUGACUAUGACAAAGCAGACAAGUAUAAAAUCAUCUUACAAGCAAAAGAUUAUGGAACAAAGCCAAAGGCUCUGUCCUCUACUGCUGUUAUUAACCUGAACAUUGUCGAUGCAAACACUCACCAACCAACAUUCAAGGAGAGACAGUACAACGGUGAAGCAAUAGAAAUGGAGACCAUUGCUAAUGUUUUGAGAGUUGCUGUGGAGGAUAAAGACACUCCGAACACUGAUGCAUGGCGUGCCAAAUACUUCUUCAUUGCAGGGAAUGAAGAAGGAAAUUACAAAAUUGAAACUGAUCCAGAAACAAAUGAGGGUGUCCUGAGUAUUGUCAAGAAACAAAAUUUUGAGCGCACAACUUCAAUAAACCUGCAGAUUGGAGUAAAAAACGUUGAAGACAUAUUUGUUUGUGCUGGCACAAAUCCACCUACAGACAGAGCCAAUGUCACUCUAAAAAUGAUUGAUACCAACGAUCCACCAGAGUUUGAAAAAGCUAUAGAUAACACAUACUUGAAGGAGGAAGCAGAGCCUGGAAAGGUGCUGUUCAAGCCAAAGGUUCUUGAUGUUGACUCUAAUGUUACCAGGUAUGUGCUCCUAACAGAUCCAGCUGACUGGGUGGCCAUUGACAGUAAAACAGGAGAAAUCAAAUCAACUAAGAGGAUGGACAGAGAGUCACGAUUUGUUGAUAAGAACAUUUACAGAGUUGUCAUAGCUGCCAUAGAUGACGGUCAGCCUCCAGCCACGAGCACAUGCACUGUUAAGAUCCACCUGGCGGACAUCAAUGACAAUACUCCUAAAUUGGUCAACAACAGCGCUGUCAUGUGUGGAAACAAGGUUAACAAGGUCAAGGUGCGUGCAAAGGACCUAGAUGCCGAUCCUUACAGUGGACCCUUCCACUUUUCUCUGGGGGAUGAAACACUAAAGCAACAGUGGAAAAUAGAACCUGACUAUGGUUGGUGA